GAGUGUGUGUAGUUUUCUCUCCACUGUUCGCUUUCGGAUGUGGGACUGACUGAGGAACUCGCUCCUCGACAGAGUAGCCGAGUCCUGCGGAGAGUCUGGCAGGUCCGAAUCUCGCAGAACCGUGUAUGCAGGCGCUGGGGCAGCGGGGAGACACGGUUUAGUGGUCGUGCCUGGCGGGUCUGUUUGAGAGCGCAGUCCGCCUGUGUUUAAAUGCAUCUUAAUUGCUGGAGAAAGGAUACAGAGAGAGAGGGAAUGUAAAAAAUGCGGCGGUUUUCAGCUGGCUAACUCCGGCUAGAUGCGAAGUGGAGGAAACUAACGGGACGGGAAAACCCGGGCACACGGAAACGUCAGGAGAACGGGUCAUGUCCCGAUGCGAGGAGAGCGGCUGGAACAUGCUGCAAGCCACUUCUGGACUCGCAGGAACUUUGUGAAGGAGGGAGGAGAGUUUUACAAGUUUCUGUGUCUUCGCCCCCCCCCCCCCCCCAUCCCCCCGGUUUUGCCGAGUGUUGGGGGCGGAGAUGAUGGGGUCGUUCUGAGGAAUUCACCAUGGUCCGUGUGCUCGCCGCGGCGUUGUUGCUCUCGCUCGCUGGUCGGACGGGCGGCUGCCCGGAUCUGCUCACCAAUACUUGUGUGUGUCUGCAAGAGCGGAGUAAGGCGCACGGCGGCCCCCAGCUCCGGAGGAAGGUGGUGUGUAGCAAGCAGGAGUUAGUGGAGGUCCCGGACAGCAACCUCCUCCCCAACAGGACCGUGCAUCUAAUACUGAGCAACAACAAGAUUGCGUUGCUGAAGGCUGGCGCUUUCUCCGGACUGCAGGCCCUCGAGAAACUAGACCUGAGGAGUAACCUGAUCAGCACCAUCCAGGUCGGAGCCUUCAGCGGCCUCAACUCUCUGAAGCGGCUGGACCUGUCUGAUAAUCGAAUUGGAUGUCUGAAUCCUGGGAUGUUUCAGAGCCUGACCAAUCUGAUCAGACUAAAUAUCUCAGGGAACAUCUUCUCCACGCUCAAACCCGAUCUCUUGGAUGGUUUGGCCUCACUCAAAGUCAUCGAUUUCAGUACGGAGUACCUGGUGUGCGACUGUAACAUGCUGUGGGUGCUGAACUGGGAGAGGAGGAAGUCAGUGCGAAUCUCCGAGGAAACGCUGUGUGCUUUUCCUAAAGCACUGAGUGGAAAGCCGUUGAAAGACCUGAAGGAAAGCCAGCUGGUGUGUGAUGGACCUCUGGAGCUACCCAUCCUGCAGCUGAUUCCCGUCCUUCGCCAGGUGGUCUUCCAAGGGGACCGUCUACCGUUUAUGUGCACGGCCACCUACCUGGACAACAGCACCCGAGUGCUGUGGUACCACAAUGGCAUCCUGGUGCAGCCGGAGGAGGAGAAUGGCGUGGUCAUUAUGGAAAGCCUUAUUCACGAUUGUUCAUUGAUAUCCAGCGAACUGGUCCUCUCAAACAUCUACCUGCUGGCCAGUGGAGAGUGGGAAUGCAUCGUAGCAACGUCGCGUGGGAAUGCCUCGCUCAAGGUGGAGAUAGUGGUGAUCGACACUUCUGCCACAUACUGCCAGGCUGAGCUGGUUACCAACAACAGAGGGGACUUCAGGUGGCCACGCACAUUAGCUGGGAUCACUGUCUACCAACUGUGCCUGCAGUAUCCGUACCCCUCCUCCUCCCUGGAGAGGAAGACAUCCCGGAAGUGUAAUCGCUCCGGAAUGUGGGAAGAGGCUGAUUACUCUGCGUGUCUGUACAUCAAUGAUUACACCAGGGUCCUCUCCUCCUUCAUCCUGGUACCCAUCAAUAACACCAACGCUCUCCCACUUGCUCGCAAGUUGCUUGCCUACACCGCUGAGGCCACCAACUUCCUGGACAUGAUGGAUGUGAUUUACGUCACCCAGAUGAUCGAGAAGUUCAUCAGAUGGACGGAAGAGAUUCACGAUCUCGGGGAUGUGAUCGUGGAAGUGGCCAGUAACAUGAUGCUGGUGAAUGAGCAGGUGCUGAGGUUGGCACAGGAGGAAAGCGGAGCGUGUACGCGGAUUGUCUGGGCUGUGGAGCACAUCGCCAACCUCACUUUAACGUUCAAUUCACAGACCAUCAGCAAGGUAUCCGCAAACAUUGCACUGGAGGCAUUCCUGGUGAAGCCAGCCAGCUACAGCGGCCUCAGCUGCACUGCAUUCCAGCGCAGACUGGUAGUGAGCAGCCUCGAGGGACAGGCGCGAGGCGUCCCUCACCCCCUCCAGUUCCGGUGCAGCACUGGUAGCAUCAACAGCUCCCUGAGGCAUUUCCCUGUCAAGAACAGCAUUGCUCUGGCCUCUGUCCAGCUGCCGCCCGCUCUCUUUGCUCACUCCUCCUCGUCUCCAAGCCACAAGAAUUCCAGCUGCUGGCUGCAGUUUGUGGCUUUCCGCAACGGCAAACUAUUCCCCAGCACGGGCAACUCUUCCAACCUCGCGGAUCAUGGAAAAGAAAGGAGCCCAUCAACGCCUGUCAUCUUCGCUGGCACAGGUGGCUGUGGCGUGGGCACGCUCACCGAUCCCCUCCUGGUGUCUCUGCGUCACUGGCAGCCGGGAGAGGACCAGGUCGCGGCCCACUGGAACUUCGACCUCCUGGGUGGCCUUGGUGGCUGGCAGGCUGCAGGAUGCCAGAUCGCCCACACCAAUGGCAACGUCAGCACACUGUGGUGCCGGCAGUUCAGUAACGUGGCCGUGCUGAAGAGGAUAAGCAACCAGUCUGUUCCAGUCCACGAGAGCGUACCGAUUCUUCACCCGGUUAUCUACACCUGCACCGUGUUCCUCUUACUCUGCCUCCUCACCGCCAUCAUUGCCUACAUCCUGAGGCACAACACAAUCCGGAUCUCGAGGAAGAGCUGGCACAUGUUACUAAACCUCUGGUUCCACAUCUCCAUGACCUGUACUGUGUUCAGUGGUGGUAUCAACCGUAAAGAGUAUGUUCUGCUCUGCCAAGUGGUAGGGAUUCUCCUGCAUUACUCAUCCCUCUCAACUCUGCUCUGGAUUGGAGUUUCAGCAAGGGUCAUUUACAAAGAAGCAACACAGAAUUUGCAACGACAACAUGAACUCGAGCUUCCAGCCCCCGCACAGCGGCCAAUGCUCAGGUUCUAUCUCAUCGCAGGAGGCAUUCCUCUGAUUAUAUGUGGGAUCACAGCAGCUGUCAAUCUUCACAACUACAGCAACAUCAGUCCAUACUGUUGGUUGGCCUGGAAGCCCAGCCUGGGGGCUUUCUAUGUCCCGGCCGGAUUCACCGUGCUCGUCAGUUGGAUCUACUUCCUGGGUGCCGGCCUGCACCUCGGGUGCCGGCGGCGGAACAAGGGCGAAGCUCCGGGAUCACCGGAGCAGCCGGCAUCGGGCAGCGGCCGCCUGUCGGACUCGGGGUCAGCUUCUCUUGGCUCUGAGAGUCCCUCGCUGGCCACCAAGAAUGUCUACUCCCUGGAAGCUCAGCUCUGGGCACUGCUCUCCACCCAGCUGCUCUUUGUAGGCCUGUGGAGCUUUGGGGCCCUGGCAGUGGCAGGCCCUUCGCUGGCUAUGCUGUUCAGCUACCUGUAUGGCGUGGGGGCCGUCGCCCUGGGCCUCCUCGUCCUCAUCCACCACUGCCUGAAGCGUUGCGACGUUUGCGGGCCCUGGCUGCCAUGCGCCAAGGAGCCGGAUAAAGAGGAAGCCAGCCCGGCCGCUGCCUCUCCAGCCAAACCUGAGCUGAAGAUCCCACCGGCCACUGGUGACCCCUUCUCAGCCAGUGGCCCCUGCAAGCUGACCAACAUCCAGGUGGCUCUGAGCCAGGGGGAGCGGGCCACCGUGCGGAGCUCGUCGCCCUGCGGUGAUAGCGAGCCCGAGGUGGCGCCAUGCCGCCGCGGACACCGGACCAGGACAAGGCCGCCGCAGGCACGGCAGAAGGUACUGAGAGCCACCGCCUCGGACGCGGCCUCCAGCGAGAACGGCAGUGUGCGCCUCAGCAAUGGCAGAGCAGCACCAGAGGCCAGCGGCAGCCCGUCCGAGGGCAGCGAUAGCAGCAGCCAGGUGGCGGGCCUCGGCCUCGGGCUGCAGGCCUGCCUCAGCCCGGAAAACCGGAGGCCAGCCAGUGCUUUUGAGCGGGAGGUCAAGCGGAGGUCGUACCCACUGAACGCGACCAAUCAGAACGGUGCUCUCCAGGGCAGCCGCUGUGAUGUCACGCCGUUCGGCACCGAGGCCGGUGCUGGCAUUAACACGGGCCUGUGGAAGAGCGAGACCACGGUAUAGAGCGGGUGGUCAGAACGCUGGUCAGUUGCUGGCCCUGCACUCCAUGUGCAUCCAGACAGGUUGGGCUCAAAUCUGGCUGGCUGUCCAACUCCACUCCCCCUCCCAAAAACAAACCAUGGGUGAGGGACCUGCCAGGGUCUGGGGCCUAACAAGAAAUGUACCUGGCAACUCCAUCCUUUGCAUUCACUUUAUAUUGUCUAUAUGUUACGAUAUAUAUAAACUCGCUGUAAAAUUAAACACUUCUAACGUCAAACAGAUGUUUGGGAACCCAACCUGACCCUGAACUGACCUCUGGAGGAACUCAGCAGGAAGGGCCACAACUCUGGAGGGAAAAUUACAGUCGGGAUCCUUCAUCAGGAAGCCUGAAACAGCGACUGUUUAUUCAUUUCCAUAGAUGCCGCCUGACCUGCUGAGUUCCUCCAACAUUUUGUGUGUGUUGCUCUGGGUUUCUAGAAUCUCUUGUUCCUAGCCGUUAUUGGCCAAAGCGGUGUAACCAGAGCCCAGUUGAGGGGUGUGAGCAGAGUCUUCCCACCGCUGAUCUCAGAGGCGGCGGCUGUGUUGAAUAGACAGUUUUUCCCUUGAAAGGGCAAGCUUUGAGAUCUCAUAUACAAAAAAAACGGGAGGCCAGAGUUUAAAUGAGGGGGAGGAGUUUGAAAGGUGAUUAAAAGGGAGAGUUUUUUUUACACACGGAGUUUGGUUGAUAUCUGGAAUGAUCUGCCAGAAGAGGUGAUGAAAUGAGAUAGGGUCACAUUCAGGAGUAGGAGGCGGGUGGGCAAACGAGUCAGGAUGAAUGUGGUGGGCUGAAAGGCCGGAUUCGAUGUUGUACGGCAAUGCGUGCAGAAAGGAGGAUAGGCAGUGAGCGGUAAGCUUUUCUCCUGCUGUGGGAGUGCUCACUGCCUUGCCACACAUUUUCCCCACCCAGGGAAACAUCAUUAGUUGUCCUGUCAACCCAUUACAUUUCCAUUCACAAUUGGAGUACCCCGUACUGCUCAACAGGACUCGUUUGACUCGUUUCCCAACAUUCCUUGUCAUUCUUAAUGCCCACACUUGCUUGACGUUUGGACUUGCGAUUUCAAGCAUGACAAUAUGGGUUGUUUUGAUGGAAAUCUAAAAGUAGGGUCUUUUGCAGGGGUCAACAGCAGAGGAUUUCCAGAAUCUUCGAUCUCCUCAUUGGUAAUGGGACCCCGGGUGAGCGUGGAUGAAUAAGAUUACUUGCAAAGUUUUGUGUUUACCGGGGGAGAUGUAGUGAUGGAGGAAGCUCAUGUAGAGCUCCACACUGGCACAGCUGAGUGACCAUAUUCUGUUACUUCCAUUGGUUAGGGUUGACCAUGACGUUGCGUCCAACCCGUCUAUGUGAUACACAAGCCAGGGCAGUAGAUAUGAAGAGCAAGCUUUGCCUACAUAGCAGAGACUCCCCUCCACACGUCUGAUCAAUCCAAAGGAUUGGCAGAGACAGAUACAAUUUGGCACCAUCAGUGUCACAGGAGAUGCCAGUUAACAUCGACUUCAAUGUAGGACUGCCUUAGGGGCUCCAGCUUCAGGGUUUAUUCCCAAAGCCUUCCCCCGUGAGUGGGUAUAGCCUCAGGGCAGCGAAGGUUUGAGGUCAGAGUUUUCCUUCUCCUAUAUGAGUCGCCAACCAUGCUGAUAAACCCCAUCAGUCCAGAGCAACUGGUUUUAAGGAACCUUUGCCCCUUCUGUCAGUAGGAACGGUUCUGCCAGGCUUAGUAGCUAAGUCACACGUGAAGGCCGGGAGCUAGAUUUGGUUGUCAGAGGAUAUUUGAGUUGCACGCCAUUGGGAGCAUUUAAUAGGAAGUGGGAGCUUAUCCCCAUGAGCCCCAAUACCUCCCCCCUCCCCCCACCAGCAACCUUAACGAGCUUAUUCUGUGACCAAGUUUAAUGUAACAGUCUCAGUUCCUGGUGCCUGACAAUUGCUCCCAGUAAUCAUUGCCUCCAAACGGUUGAGAACGUGUUAGCAGUGGGGUAGUCCUUCACCUUUUGAAGCACUUUAGACCACUUUAUAAUCCUUUGUUACUCAGGUCUGUGUAAUGUUGGCAUAGCUGUCUGUCCUGUUCAAUCCUUACUAGGAAUUGUAGAAAUUCCUGCUUGGGAUUUGGUGGCAUUCCUAACUGUGUUUCCCACCUAAAUAUCCUGGACAGAGGGGGAGUAUGGCCCUUCAAGAGCUUGCAUUUAAUGUCUGACACCAUUGUUGCUGUGUUAGAGGUCAAGGGUGAAAGGUGAAGGGUAACAACUUCAUUCAGAGGGUGGUGUGAGUGUGGAACAAGCUGCAGAGGAAGUGGUGGAUGUGAGUUUGAUUUCAACAUUUAAGAGAAGUUUGGAUAGGUACAUGGACUUGAGGGGUGUGGAAGGCUCUGCUCCAAGUGUGGAUCAGUGGGACUAAGCAGAAUAACAGUUUGGCAUGGUCUAGAUGGACCGAAAGGCCUGUUUUUGUACUGUAGAACUCUAGAACUAUCAUGGCUGCACUCCAUUGCCAAAGCUUGGUUCUGUGAAUUAGUAUGCAAGUGCAGCUUCUUCAUGUACAACACAAAUAUCUGGGAAUUAUUUAUGCUGUUGUUUCUCUGUGCCUCCUACUUGAAUACGGUUGAAUAACAAUUAAAUAGUUUAAUCCAGGAAUCAGUUCAGACAACAUCACAUUUUCUUCAGUGGAGCCUUUGGGGAGGAGCUGCAGAAUGGGAACGGUUGCACUGUCACAGCCUGAGUAAGUGUUUUAUUCCCCGUCCCCAUGGGGGUGGGGUGGGGGGAAUAGUACUAAAGAUUUUUCCUCCUUCCUCUCCCCAUGGCACAUCAUUUUCCAUCAUACACAACCUUAUCGUUUUUUAAUUGACCCAAACCAAAUACGUCAAUGGCCAAACAGUCCAGUCCUGAGGGCUAUUGAUUAAUGUCAAAUCAUUCUCUAUCCAGUAACUGACCAGAGGUCUAGAGACUUACUGAGCAGCAGCCAGUCAUUGUCCAUUAUCCAGUCAAUGACCUAGAGUCCUGUUAACAACAUCCCUCUGUGGGCCAGCAGCCAGUCAUUAACAUGAGAUUCUGCUGAUGCUGGAAAUCCAGAGCUAAACACACACAAUCCUGGAGGAACUCAGUAGGCCAGGCAGCAUCCGUCUGCUCCUUCUUCUUAAGCCCCCAUCACUCCUACCAACAGCAGCUCGCCAGAGUCCUCUGUCCUGGGCCAGUCUUUCAAGUUGUCCCAUGUAUAGAUCCUUCCUCUCCAGGAUGAGGUCUUUGGAGAUCUGCAGCUCUGGAUCUUUACAGGAUGGGGUUGCUAGGCCCAUGCCCAACCCUCCUCUGUUCACAAUCAGGCUUGGCACCGUCCAUGGCGGAGUUAAGCACGUAUUAAUGGAGAGGAGGAAAUAGUCGACAGUUUGGCCUGGUGAAGGAUCUCAGCUCGAAGUGUCGACCAUUUGUUCCUCUCCAUAGAUGCUGCCUGACCUGCUGAGUUCUUCUAAUAGCCACUUGUCGUCCAGGACUCACAACCAAUGUUGUAAACUUAGUAGCCAGACCUUUUUUCAUGAAUAGAUGAUGAGAAAUGUUUCAAGAAAAGAUAAUAAGGCUGUUUCUAGUUCUGAUACUGUCUUUUACUUUAUGAACUAUUUUUAUUUCCAGGGUUAUCCAUUAUCCAAAUAAGAAGGGUGCCCCUUGUCUCUGUAUCGUGAGUGAGUGUGAGUAUGCCUGUGUGUUGAGAGUGAGUGUGAGUGAGUGUGUGUGUGUGUGUGUGUGUGUGUGUGUGUGCGCGCGCACACAUGCGCUUGAAGCUCUUCUAGCAACAUACAAAGUGCUUCUACCUAAUGGAGAUCAGGAGGGAGCUACCUAUGCACUUCACCAGUGACCAAGUGGUUUGCUGCACUAAUCCAGAGCUUUCAUAAUCGCUAGUAAUUAGUGUGUAUCCUGUGAGAGCUUUGCACAAUCUGCAUGUCCUCUUUAUCUGUGUCCAAUUUGCCUUAAAAAGAAAGAUUAUUCUUAUACAAGUGCCAAAGAGAUAUAUAAAACUUAUGGAAACAUAGAUUAAAAAUAGAAUGUGUGUAUGAUUUAAAAUGAUUAUAAAGCAAUUUUCUUUUGAAAACUGUCUAUAAUGUACUGUUUAAUGUCGUGUUGAAAGCCAAUAAUCUUGGUGCUCUUUGGUUUCUAUUUUGGUUUAACUGGUACCAAAGAUUGUGGUAUCAAAGCAGCAAGUAUUAAUGAGUCUGCCAUCGUUGGGUUCCUGAUUCCUCACCCUUCAACUUCCCUUCCCAUCAGCUUAAUGUACAUUAAACAGCAACUGAGGCCAGGAAGGUGAGUCAGUGUGGUUAGGUACUGUACAUGCCUGUCAGGAGCAAACUACUCAACGUUAGCUUAUGGAUUUGAGAGUUAGGGAGAAGGAACAAUUGGAGCAUCACAGAGGGAAAAAAGUUUGUUUUAGACGAGGAACAACUUUUUCUUUUUCAGCUCAUCACCCCUACUGGAGCAUCGGCCACCGACAGCAGCUCACCAGUGUCCUGGGCCAGUCUUUCAAGUUGUUCCCAGGUAUAGCCCAUCUUCCUCUCUGGGAUGAGAUCCUUGGAGCUUCUGUUGGCAUGAGUUUUUACGGGAUGGGGUUGCUCGCCUUAUGCCCAACCCUCCUCUGUUCACAAUCAGGCUUGGCACCGUCCAUGAGUGUAUUUUUCCUUACACUAUAUUUGCUUGUUAUUUAUAACGUGUAUUGGAGGGGUAAGAAGGAGGUUUGGUUGAGCCUAAGGAUUAGUUGGGUAAUAAAAAAUCUGCCCAUUCUCCCAAUGGACCCAGGAGUGAGGCUGAGCCAGGCAGAAGGGCUUUUCUACCCUGUAACGUAGGUUUCAGUUGCCGGAGGGGUGGGGCUCCUGAGGCACUCCUCCGUCUCCCAAAUGUUCCUCAUACUUACUGCUUGAAAUACAUGAAGCAAGAGUCUACACCGAGCUUUGGUUGGGGAAAAUGAAUGGCAUAUGAUUUCAAAUCUUGCUGGAAGGAGGAUGAGCUGCCAAUACAGCUGCUGUUAUCAGAUGUGAAGUCUCUCUUUCCCUGAGAUUGCAAUCGCAGAAUGACAAACAGGAAUUAAAGCCAUUCUUUAGUUUAGUGGUGUGACUGUAAGAUACUGGGAUUUUAAUGCCCAGCUUUGCUCUAAUAUGCUUUAUUUAAUUCCAUUGUGUGUUUUACCAAGCACUAAUCAGUAUUGUUCUUUAUCCAAAGAGAAUUUUGAGAAGUCAAAUGUUUCUAUACUGAACAACCGAUCUGGGCAUUGUUGAUGCUGAUAUAUUAUGCAAUAAUCUAUGUUAUAGACCAUGUAUUUGUGAUUGUAUUUAUGUUGUGUAUUUGCACAUAUCAUGUCACAUCAGCCAGAGUUUUCAUUGCUCCUGUCAUAUUGAUGAUAGAUGUCUGUCAGUCUUAUCUAGAGUGCCUAGACAGUCCUCAUGGAAAAAAUACAAUGGUUCACUACCCUGUGGGCAGGAAAAUAAACCUUCCUAACUCUGUCCAGAAUGACUGAUCUCUUAUUUGGACUCCUGUCCUAGAAUCCCCGGGCAGAGGAAACAUCUGCCCGAUCCAUAACGAUUGUGUAGUUCUUGAUAGGGCCAUCUCUCAUUUCUUCUAAACUCAAGGCCUGGUCUGUUUUAACCUUUCAGCUGCAGUGUUAAUCCUGCCGGUCUUCUGCACUCCUGAUUCAGCUGUCAAUUUCUUUUGGACCAGAGAUAAAUUGAUAAUCCUGACCUGUAAAAUCCUUCAAGCUCUCUGAAUAUUAUCAGCCCAUAUUUAUUGAUAAGACAGAAACAGGCCAACUAUAAGAAUCCUUUCUCCUUCCAUAAACUAUACCAAGGCACCCAGAGCAGCUAACAUUGAGGUGUAUGCAUUUGGAAAUGCUUUUGUCCUAAAUGAAGCUAAAAUCAGACCUGUCUUUUCCCUUCAUGAACUGUAGGAUGGAAAUGGUUCUGUAAGUUCAUCUCCAACCAUAAGCCUGGUUUUUCUCACCCUCCUUCCCCACCCCCACCCCCCCAUCUUUAGUUCAGAUUCUUUGUCCAAAAAGCAGAAGCCAAGUCUGUUUUGGUACAGUGAUGUACUCUAUCUCUGGUGGGCUCUUCACAGCAAGGUUCAACAGUCUGGGCCUCUUUCUACUAGAAAGAUUCUCUCAGAAUUUGAAAGGGAUGCAUGGGGUAAAGAUAGACAUUUAGUUUCACAAGAGAGGAGUGCAGAGCCAGUGUAAGGUGGUCACAGAUUGGCAGCUCAUGUAAGACGGCCAUUAAUAAAUCAGGAAUGAAGAGAGUUUAGAGUAUGAUCCCAUGAGGAAUGGUUGAUGUGAAAAGAGGCACUUCAGAGCAACAGGAAGAGAGUGGUUUGCUAAUGGGGAUGAUUCAUGUGGAGCAAAAGCGCUGCCACUGGCCUUGGACCAAAUGGCCUGCUUGGUGCUGUAAACUCAAUAUAAUUCUGUGCAAUAUAUUACACUGUAGUGUUCCCAGUGUUAGUCCGUAUGUGACUGGGUGGAACUACUGAAGAUCUGGUUUAUUUAUUAAAAUACUGUCACUAGUAUUGUAGGUGUUGCUAUGCAACCAGUGACAGUACUCUGACAGGAUUGAGAUAUGACAGAGUUCACAGCAAAUGAUAUAACGUAAUGACUGAGAAUUGUAGUUCUAAACCAGUUACAGCGAAUCGUGGAGGUGUUGCUAGUAUUGUCAAGUCACAGUGUGACAGAAGGUUGCAGAUUUCUGAGGGUAGGUUGUGACAUUAUAAAUUGAUUUUCCAAGUGAGCAAGUAUUAUUGAUAAGCUUAGCACUUCUCCCACAAUGCAAGAUUAGAAGUUUAAUUGAUAGAAUUAGCAAUUAAAGAGAAAGAAGAGUUAGUAAUAAAGAUAAUCUUAACAAAGAGUUGAAUUCCCCUCCUCACCCCCAGGGGGCAUAGAGAGAUGAUGGUGGAGCUAGGAUUGUGGGUCUGUAGAAGGGAAAGGGGAAGUAAUGGGUCCCAUGGUAGCUUGGCAGUUAGCGCACUGGUAUUACAGCUCGGGGUGUUGGAGUGAAGAGUUCAGUUCCAAUGUCGUCUAUAAGGAGUCUGUACAAUCUUCCCUUGUGUGUGUGUGUUUCCUCUGGGUUUUCUGGUUUCCUCCCACAGUCCAAAGACGUACUGGUUUGUAGGUUAAUCGGUCAUUGUAAAUUGUCCCGUGAUUAGACUAGGGUUAAAACAAGGGUCGCUGGGCCAGAGGGCUCUAUUCCAUGUUGUAUCUCAAUCAAUAACAGUCCAGCAAUGCACCAAGUGCUGGGUUUAAAAUCAAUUUUAAACAAAGGAGAUUUGUGUUUCUUUUCUAACAGCCAAAGUCUAGCUGAGUAACAAAGCACGUGGAUACAUUUGCCUAUGAAACGGAGAAUUCUGAAGAGUAGCUUGUUGAGGGAGUCCCACUCAGUAAAUGCUGAUGAUUAACUGUGCAUACAGGGUGCAUCAUGGAAGGUCCUCAGUCAAUCAAUCAGUACGUGCCCAAUGUCUGUUCCCAUUACCUCCCCUCGUCUGUCCAUUCUUCCCUGCCUGAGCAAUUAUUCCUCGUCAGGUAAUACCUUGCCUGAAUUCUAAGCAGGCCAGGCCUCCCAAUCAGGGUAUCCUGACAGGCCCUUCUACUGACAGGAGAUGAGGUGACUGAGGAGCCUUUGAAAACUCUCGUUGGUGCCGCUUACUGUUCAGUUGCAGAACCAAUCACUCGCUUAAGCUCGCUGACAGUAUCUUGGCUGCAUGUUUAGAACCAGAGUAUUUUUUAUGCUUUUGAUAUUCAGGUGCUUUAUAAAUUCAAAAGGAUCAUUUUGUUGUGAAAAGCUAUUUUAAUAAUAAAUUAUGGCUACCA